AUGGCGACAACAAUCCCAGGCAGUUUGGUAAACAAAACCAAAAAAUUCUUCAUGGGCAUGCCAGCUCCGUCUGGAUAUGUUCCUGGAGUUGGUCGAGGUGCAACUGGAUUCACAACUCGAUCAGAUAUUGGACCGGCUCGAGAUCCAACAGAAAUGCCAGAAGCCGGUCCAGUUGGUCCGACAGCACCAGGAGGAGCUCCGCCAGCUAAAAGAGCGAAAGAAGAUGAUGAUAGAGAAGCUGAAGAGAUGAAUGAAGCAAAUUAUGAUGAGGUAAGUGGAAUUUGGAUUUUUUUUGAAAAAAGUAUUUUCAAAAUAUCAUCAUUUUUUUUAGUUUGCUGGAUAUAGUGGAUCUCUGUUCUCGAAAGAUCCAUACGAUCAAGAAGAUGAAGAUGCUGAUAGAAUUUAUAAUGAAGUUGAUGAUCGAUUAGAUGAAAGGCAUCGAGAAAGAAGGUUUGUCCAUUCCAUUUUUAAACUUUUUGAAAAUUGUCAAAUAUUUACUCAACAAUUAUGUUUUCAGAGAGAAAAAGUACAAGGAACUUGUUGAAAAAUAUCACAAAGAGCGGCCGAAAAUUCAACAAGAGUUUUCAGAUUUGAAACGACAAUUGGCGGAGGUAAGACAUUUUUUAAAAAGAACUUUAAUUCAAAACCUAUUUUUAUUUUUCAGGUAACAGAUGAUGAAUGGCAAUCAAUUCCGGAGGUUGGAGAUAUGCGAAAUAAAGCAAAACGUAAUGCGCGAGCUGAAAAAUUCACACCAGUUCCUGAUUCUGUUAUUGCAAUGAAUAUGAAUUAUGGAUCUAUGAAUACAUCAAUUGAUGUUAAUAGUGGAAUGUCAACACCAUUUAAUUCUGGAUGUAAGUUUGAUUUUCAACGUUUUUUGUCUACGAAAAAGUUUUUUCAGCUGGAAUUUUAACACCUGGUUGGAAAACCGGAAUUCAAACCGGAACAUCGAGUUCAAUUGAUUUGGAUCUUGUGAAAAUUGGGCAAGCCAGAAACAAAAUCAUGGAUAUCAAGUUAAAUCAAGUAUCUGAUUCUGUAACUGGUCAAACUGUUGUUGAUCCAAAAGGUUAUUUAACUGAUUUGCAAUCAAUGAUUCCACAACAUGGCGGAGAUAUCAAUGAUGUGAAAAAAGCAAGAAUGUUAUUGAAAUCAGUUCGAGAAACAAAUCCGCGACAUCCGCCGGCAUGGAUUGCGAGUGCUGGAUUAGAAGAAGCUGUUGGAAAAAUUCAAACUGCUAGAAAUUUGAUUAUGGAAGGUUGUGAGAAAAAUAAAGGAUCUGAGGAAUUGUGGCUCGCUGCUAUCAGAAUGCAUCCACCUGAACUUGGUAAAUCGAUUGUUGCAAACGCAGUUCGAUCUUGUCCACACAGUGUUCGUCUUUGGGUAAAAGCAUCAGAUCUUGAAUCCGAUUUGAAAGAUAAAAAGAAAGUUCUUCGAAAAGCUCUCGAACAAAUCCCAUCAUCGGUUUUGUUAUGGAAAGCUGCUGUUGAAUUGGAGGAACCCGAAGAAGCGCGAAUUUUAUUGACAAGAGCAGUUGAAUGUUGUAGAACGAGUACAGAAAUGUGGCUGGCAUUGGCACGAUUGGAAACAUAUGAAAAUGCUCGAAAAGUGUUGAAUAAAGCGAGAGAACAUAUUCCAACUGAUCGACAAAUUUGGUUAUCUGCUGCAAGAUUGGAAGAAACAAGAGGACAAAAAGAUAUGGUUGAUCGAAUUGUUGCUAAAGCACUUUCUUCUUUGAAAGCUAAUCAGGUAUUUUAUUUUUUUAUUCAUUUGGAAAAUGUUUGAAAUGAUGUUUUCGCUUUGAAAAAAGCAGGAUCAUGUGAAAAAAAUUUUGUCCCUAGAGAACAAUUAAAAAUUUGUUUUUCAAAAGCAUAUUUUCACUACUACUAAAAAUAUUUGAAUAUUCAGGUUGAAGUGAAUAGAGAUCAAUGGUUAAAAGAUGCAAUCGAUGCUGAACAAGCAAAAUGUCCACUCACUUGCCAGGCUAUUAUGUUAGUUUUAUUUUUUUUUCUAUUUUUUCCAUAACUUUCAAUUUUUGCAGUAAAAAUGUGAUAAGUUUGGGAGUUGAAGACGAAGAUAAAAAGACAACGUGGCUUGAAGACGCAGAAUGUUUCGAAAAACAAAAUGCAUUUGCAUGUUCGAGAGCUGUUUUCUCGAUUGCUCUCAGCGAAAUGCCAAGAAAAAAGAGUGUUUGGGAAGCUGCGAUUGCUUUUGAAAGAGAACAUGGGACAAUGUAGGUUUUGAGUUCAUUUUUCUGUUGAAAAACAUGUCAAAUUAAUUUUUUACAGUGAGGAACAUGAACAAAUUUUGAUAAAAGCAACUGAAGUUGUUCCGGAAGUCGAAGUUUAUUGGUUGAUGUUGGCUAAAUUGCGAUUUGUGAAUAAACGAAUCGAUGACGCAAGAAACACGCUAAAAGAUGCAUUCGAAAAACACAAUCAUCAAUCGGAAACAAUUUGGUUGGCUGCCACAAAAAUUGAAAUCGAAACAGAUCAAUUCGAAACUGCACGAACACUUUAUGCAAAAGCACGAUCAAAAGCUUCAUCGGCUAGAGUUUGGAUGAAAAAUGCGAGAUUUGAAUGGUGUUUGGGAAAUUUGAAAGAGGCUCGAGAAAUUAUUGAAAAAGCAAUUGAAUUAUAUGAUGAUUAUCCGAAAAUGUAUUUAGUUUUGGGACAAAUACUCGAACAAAUGGGAGAUUCACAAGCCGCCAAAAAUGCAUAUACACAAGGAAUACGAAAAUGUCCAGGAGUUAUUCCUUUAUGGAUUUUAUUGGUUAGAUUAGAAGAAUCGAAUGGACAAAUUGUAAAAGCUCGUGUAGAUUUGGAAAAAGUAGGUUUAGAUUAGAUUGUUGUAAGAGUUUGAGAAACAGUUCGAAAUUUUAGGCUCGACUUCGAAAUCCGAAAAAUGAGGAUUUGUGGUUGGAAUCAGUUCGAUUUGAGAAUCGUGUUGGAUGUCCGGAAAUGGCAAAAGAAAGAAUGAGUCGAGCAUUACAAGAAUGCGAUGGAAGUGGUAAGAUUUUUGGGUUUAUUUUAAUGUGGGGGGAAAUUGGGAAUCGCUUUUCUUGAAGAUUAAAUGUCCCGGCAACGCAUUUGUGACUUUUUGUGACUUGUGACUUUUAAAAGUCAAACCUAGUAUAAUCGGGUGAUAAACUUCGACUUUAAAAUUAGAGUUAUCGGAGAAGCUUUAGGCUACAGUAGUCUACAGUAAAAAAGUAAGCAGAGCAGUGAAAAGAUUACUGAAGCUGAAAUAAAUCACCUGAAUUUCUUAUUUUCACUUUUAAAAGUCACUAAAAUGCUCCGUGAGCCCAAGAAAAUUCGAAAACAACAGGGGGACUAGGUUUACAUCCUAGUCCUCGUGCAUUUUUGCCUUUUUUCCGUUUCUCUUAUCAAAGUGAGGGACCCAAAAAUUAUCAACCAAAAACAUUUCAAAAAACUUUUUCUUGAAACCAAUUUUCAACUGAAAAUUUUGCGAAAUUAGUUCAAUUGUUUCAAAUUUCGUUAUUUGAACAGCUCUGUAUUUUUUUCUCAUUUUUUCUGGUUGACCGAACAAUUCUAUUAUUAUACCAAUAUAUGUAUAUUUCGUCUCUCUUUUCUUCUUUUUUUUCCGAAAUGUAUACAAAUAAUUGCGUUUGUUUUUUUCUCUGAGUUUUCUAUUCCUUUUUCGAACCGAACAAUGUCUGUGAGAUUUUUUUUCCUCAAAAAAUUUUGCAAUUUUUCGGAAAACUAUGGGCUGAGGCAAUUUGGAUGGAAGGACCACAUGGAAGAAGAGCUAAAUCAAUUGAUGCGCUGAAAAAAUGUGAACACAAUCCACAUGUUUUGAUUGCGGCUGCAAGAUUGUUUUGGAGUGAGAGAAAGGUAUUUUUCGAUUUUUGGAAGUCUUCUAAAUGACAUAUCUAUUUUUGUAGAUCAAAAAGUCGCGUGAAUGGUUCCUUCGUGCUGUUAAUCUUGAUCCUGAUAAUGGUGAUGCAUUUGCGAAUUAUCUUGCAUUUGAACAAAUUCAUGGAAAAGAAGAAGAUCGUCAAAAAGUUAUCAAUAAAUGUGUUUUGAGUGAACCGAAACAUGGUUAUUUAUGGGCGCCAAUUGCGAAAGAUGUGAAGAAUUGGAGAAAAUCGAUGGAAGAAAUAUUGUUGAUGGUUGCUGCGAAGAUCACAAUUCCUACAUGA